GUCAUUUUGGACGUAUUUAAUAAGCUAUAGGUUAGUAUGGCUUUUCGUUCCCCGAAAACGUCUCGCACGUUAAGCACAAAAGAUGUCAUAUGACUAUGGAGAGAAAAAUGGCCCUCAUACAUGGGUGUUACGCUUUCCUAAUGCUGGAGGAACAAAGCAAUCCCCAAUCAACUUAAACACAAUGUCAAUGAGGCUUGAUGAAUCACUGGCUCCAAUAAAUGUGGACUUAAAUGGACUUCAAAACCAAACUUUACACGUUAAAGACCACAAUUUCUCGGUCGAAGUAAAAGGGAACGCAGUAUUAUCCGGUGGUCCAUUGGCAUCAGAAUAUAAGCUGAUACAAUUUCAUUUACAUUGGGGAUCUGGUAAUAAUUGGGGCUCUGAGCAUAUGAUCAAUGGGAUAAGUUGUCCAGCUGAACUACAUUGUGUAUUUAUUAAUACUAAAUAUGCUACAAUGGAAACCGCUAUUACUUAUUCUGAUGGAUUAUCAGUUGUCGGUAUAUUUUUUCAAUUGGGCAAAUCAUCGAAUAAUAAUAACGCCUUAAAACGUUUAUGCUCAUUGUUGAAAUCAACAAAGAAAGGCGAAAGCAAAGAUAUUCAACCUAUGCUUGAUUUGAACACACUUUUGCCAAUACAAAUAUAUCAGUGGUUUAUAAUCAAAUUGGUGUAUAACAUCAUCUAAACAAUUUUACAAUUUAUGGAAAUCAUGCAAAUAGUUGCCAUAUAUACUCUCUCUAACUUAUAGACUACAUUUUAUGUUCCUUAUCAGUUAAUGACACUUUCUAGUAAAGUUAUUGAGUUUCUCUGGUAUAUUAUGGUUUGUUCAAGAAAAAAAUCCAAAUAACUAAUUUAUGUAAUUAUCUUAUCCAUUUAAUUAUUAUUAUUACUGAUUUUAUUCGGUAUUACAUUUCUGGUACAAUAUAGAAUUCUCAGCGCAAAGUAUUUCAAAAAUUUUCCUUUUCUUCUUUCUUGAUCGAUCCUGACGAUAAAUAUUGAGUAAUCACUAAUUAGAUGUUAGCAGUUCGAGAAUCGACUAAUUGAAUAACAUACAUUCAUUUCGACACAUAUUGCCAGCAACCACGAUGUCUCUGAUUGGGCUCUUUUGUAACUUGUACAGCGAAAUGUUAUAAAUUUGUCGUAAACUCUCCUAAAUAGGUUAUGCGACUGAUGGGCAUAAUGAUGUGUUAAAACAAACAAGAAAACAGAUAACUUAUUGAAAUAUCCAGAUAACAGGAACAGGUAGCCCAGAUAUUCAUACAGGCCGCCUAUAAUUAAAUAAUAUCACGGAGUUCCCUUGGCGACUAGAGAAAAUUUACUAAACUGUCUAAAUGUUGAGCUUUUUUUUAUUAACAAAGUCAAGUACAAUCAUUUUACCUAAAUGAAAUUUACACAAUAAUGUUGUUAUUUUAUUAGUUUGUUAAAAUUUUAUACUUUUCCACGUUUGUUUUUAUUAUUGAUUAUGAACUAUUUAGUAAUCGGUUUUUACCACUUACUUACUGUAAAUGUUCACUAAUGAUUUAACUAAUUUUAUACAUUUUUUUUCAUGACUGUUAAACAAAAUUACUUGUUCACAUUUUGUUGUUGUUGUUGUAUAUUCUGCCUUCAAUUAUACAUACCAAAGGUGAAAAUCAAUCAACCAAUUGGUUGUAAGAGGGAAUAAAUUUCUUAGCCUAUAAAUUUGAUGUGUUUUAUUUUAUUGAACGACAUAGUAACCAAUAAUCUUAUUGUUGAGAUAAUUUGUGUAAAUUAUACACGUAUUAUGGUAUUUUGUAUUUGCUUUUAGUUAAUUGUAAUGAUUAUACAUCGUUGUCAUUCAUUAUGUGUGUAUUACUGUUGGUAUGUUUAAAAAAAAGAAAUACAUGUUGAUAGAUCCUUCUUUAAUGUUUCAUAUUAAGUAAAGUAUUUAAUAAAGUAUGUGAAUGAUCUCCUUCUGAUAAAUCCAAUUGGUAACUCCUACAUAAAAAUCAUCUUUAUAUAAUAUUCUUGCCAAUGAAUAAUGAUUGAUACUAGAUUUAGAAUAAUAGACUUAAGAGAUUAGGUUGAGUUUUACAAAGGUUUCCAACAAAUGGUAGUUCGAGAGAUUUUGAUAUAUAUAUGUAUAGUACCUUGGUCCUUUUUCAUUAGACUUCAAGUAAUUUAUUGGUCACUUUAUAUGACGAGUUGAUAUUGCCGAAAACCGAAGAAACGCUGCAUAGUUUUUCACUCAUUGUUUGAAACUUUUCAGUCAUACACAUUUAUCUAAUACUUUAUAUGAAGUAUAAUUAAGGUCAUCCAACUUCUACUGUAUGAUUAGAUUAUUAAGCUGAAAACCAAAAAUCAGCACUUUCAAUUUCAGUAAAAUUGUGUUUUGGUAUGGUCCUCAAUGAUAAUCGUAUAAAUAUAUAGACUUUCCUCUAGAACGUUCAGAUAUCCUUCUCAAAUCUAGUUGUCAAGUGCAUGUUUAUGUUAUAUUGAAGUGACUCUGGAAAGUAUUUUAUAAUCAGAUGGUGAAUUUUAUUAUAAACGAACGUCAGUUGAAGUUCACACCUAUCCGGCAAUCCCUGAUUUCGAAAGUCCUCCAAAUUAUUUCAGUUUCUAGUGAAUGUAAUCUAGAUUCAUUGUUCACGUAUAUAUAUAUAUAUAUAUAUAUACAUAAUGUGAUGUGAAAGAAAUGUAUCCGUGAAUUAAGAAGCAAACUUGAUGACGUAAGUAAAAGAUAUUAUCUAACAUUCUACCAACUAGUGUUGUCGAAUUGUCAUUUAUGUCUAGGUUUGUAAACGGAAUCGGCCGUCGGUUGACGGCUAGCAGUGGAAUCUAGGGCCCCCACUUCAGCCUCUUCAGGACUCUUCAGCUAGAUGUACCUGCAUCUUAGAAUGACCGUUUACCCGGCAACUCGAUGUGAAUACCGUUCGCUUCAAAUUUCAACUAGACACUAGCUUGUAUAAUUGAGCGAAAUUUAAUCCAUUUGUUUUGGUUGUUCGAAUCCUUCCAUUAGCAUUUUGCGACUGCAAUUGAUCACUCUAGUUUGAUAUAUAUGUAUGUUGUGUGGAUUACCUCGAUACUACGAUAUUGUUACUUAAUUUUAAAAUCUAGGCAAACUGCAUAGGCUUCACAUAUUCCAAAAGAGACUGACCAAUAGCAGCCGUAAUCGUCAACGAGAAUAUUCAAACAAUCAGUACGAAUGAAACAGACUAUCAUUUCAUUUUCGUACAUUAUAAUUGUUCCCAAAAUCACCUGAAAAAUUAGCACGUGCGUAAGUGUUGAUUAUCUACUUCGUCGUUCAUGAGUACAAUAUACUCGGAUUAAAAUCAAAGAUUGAAGAUUCUAUCAACUGCUUUUAGAAUGAAUAUUUUACCUUCGACAUUCUGGAUUAAAUUUAGGUUACUACUACUUGUAAACAUGAAAUAAUAUUCAUUAUGUCGUGGACGUUUCUUGGUUUAAACUCGAAAGUGAUCGUAGCUAGACCGUCACUGAAUAUACAGAAGCACUGGACUUUUUUUUUUCUAGUAUGGAACUCCACUAUUGAGACCAAACUCAGAACCUUCUAUUUCGUGCCCAAAUAUUUAACUUCUAGGUCAUUUAGCCGAAAUCCAACAAACUACAUAUCUAACUUUAACAGAUUGCCGAUGUAAUGCUUUCCAAGCUUCCAAUCUUAAAGUUCAAUCCUUUUUGACAAAAAGUAGUUGUAAAUACGAUAGAAAUACAAACUUUGUUGAAUUGGUGUGCAUUUUAGCUAUCUUUAUAAACUUUUUUACGUAACAAAUGUUAAUACAUUUCUCAACAUUAGAACUAAACAUUUCAACAACCUUGGAAACAAUGGUGAAUUGAAAGUUCCAGUUACUUGUAUUACUAAUCUUCAUUGCUUUUUUCAAAGUUCUACAUGUACUACAAAAAAUAUUGUCCCGUAGCCUCAAACGACACCUGUGUCAUCCCUGUCGUUGAAAAUAAUUACUUUUAAAUUUUAUCUCCUCGAUUUUGAGCUAUCAAUUUAUUUUAAGUGUAAAUCAGUUUUGUUCUUUUCUCAAUUAAGUAAUGAAAUAAAGAUUUAGUCAAUAAAACCUUAAUUUGAAACAAAACAAUUUAUAGGCUGGGGAUAAACUCCACGUUGUCAAGUUAUCUAAGUUAAUAAUAUCAGUAAUAAUGGGUAUGUUUUCGUUUAUUUAGUCACUAAAUUGUGGAUAUUUUAAGAUGAUUUUUAUUAUAGAAUUAAUUUGAGGUAUGAUUUUUGCUAUGUUGUAAUUUUUCUUCUAUCAUGGCUGACUCUGCUACACUUAAUGCAUCCAUAGCAUCAUGGAGUGGUAAUUUAGUCGAAGAAAAUUCCACAUUUUUCAUGUAGGUGAGUAAAAACGACAGAAAACGAAAUACGCCCUCCAUCAUGGAUUAUUAUAGUGCAAUCAAUAAUUCCCGUUUUAUUUUGGGUGGUUGUCAAGUGAAGGGUCAAAAUUGCGAAUCAC